GAGAACAAAAUAAAAUAUCGGUUUCUAAGUUCACACCAGUGAUUAGCAGGUAUUCAUAGUUUCCCUUCUCUGGAAAGGAGAGGAAAAAGAAAUGGACUCACGCCUGGCCACACCCAAUGCCAGGUGCAGAGGUCAACGAGGACUUAAUGAACCCAAUAUACUCACACCCACUUAAUGAUCGGCGCUGCUAGGACUGUGCAGCAGUUCCUUUGAAGGCAUCGUGUGAAGCUCUGAGUCCAAUGACAAGUAGCAGUUGCGACGGGUAAUAACUCCGUGCGCAGCCUGCGCGCACAUUUUUACGAGACGGGUAACUCUUCUCGGGCAAGUCAAGGGCAGACUAAUGAGCUGUUCCUACGGGACUCGAUCCAAACACGAGAGAGGAAAACAUCCUGGCCGCUCUGACACCACCAAGAGGAAAGGCUAUAUAAGCCCUUCGAAAGGAGAAAGCCGCCAAAGGCUCGGGGUGCGGACUCACUGGCAGCAGCUCGGGCUUUGCAUCCAGGGGAACCACAGGCUCUGAAGUAAACCAAAGCUGGGCCCGCGCUAUGGAUUCCAAGGACUGUCCAACCACUAUUUCUUCUUCGACGUCAUGCCAAAGCUGCUCCAGGAUUACCAAUUUGGGGGUCACUUCUUCGGACACCAGCUGCCAGCGUGGCGAUCUUGAGGCCAGCAGCUGCCAAGCAACUGGCCAUGUUCUGAGAACUCUCCCGCCCCGGGGCCGCCAACCUACCCCCGGCUUUGGUCCCAUGCCCACCUGCUUCAUGAACAGCUUCAGCGCCUGCGCCUCGGGGGAUGACUGGGGCUGGUACGGUGAGGGCAUCAACAGUAAGGAGAAGGAGACCAUGCAGAUCUUGAACAGCCGCCUUGCUAACUACCUUGAAAAGGUGCGAACGCUGGAACGCGAGAACGCUGAGCUGGAGUGUAAAAUCCAGGAGGAGUGUAACAAAGCGCUCACUGUCGUAUGUCCUGAUUACCUGUCCUACUACGCGACCAUCGAAGAGCUCCAGCAGAAGAUCUUGUGCACCAAGGCUGAGAAUUCCAGACUGGUCUCACAAAUUGACAACACCAAACUGGCUGCUGAUGACUUGAGAGCCAAGUACGAAGCGGAGGUGUCCCUGCGCCAGCUGGUGGAGGCGGAUGCCAACAGCCUGCGGAGGCUCCUGAACGCGCUGACCCUGAGCGAAGCUGACCUGGAGGCGAGAGGCCAAUCUCUGCAGGAGGAGCUUCUUUGCCUCAAAAACAACCACGAAGAGGAAAUCAACUCCUUACAGAGCCAGCUGGGGGACAGACUGCACGUCGAAGUGACCACUGCCCCUUCUGUGGACCUCAACCGGGUUCUGCAAGAAAUGAGGUGUCAGUAUGAGUCUGUCAUGGAGGCAAACCGCAGAGACGUGGAACAAUGGUUCAACCUGCAGAUGGAGGAGCUGAACCAGCAGGUGGUGUCCAGCUCUCAGCAGCAGCAGAGCUGCCAGAAGGAGAUCAUCGAGCUGAGACGCGCUGUGAACACUCUGGAGGUUGAACGGCAGGCCCAGCACCGCAUGAGGGACUCCCAGGAAUGCAUGCUGGCAGAGACAGAGGCCCGCUACACGGCCCUGCUGACCCAGAUCCAGGGUCUGAUCGAUCACCUGGAGGCUCAGCUGGCGGAGAUCCGAGCGGCCCUGGCGCGGCAGAACCAAGAGUACGAGGUUCUGCUGGACAUCAGGGCGCAGCUGGAGAGCGAGAUUGCCACAUACCGCGGCCUCCUGGAGAGCUCAGACUGCAAGCUCCCCUGUAACCCGUGUGCCACCGAAUGUGAGCCUCCCGUUUGCACGGCCAUGGAAUGCGCGGCCCCAGCGCACACAGCACCCUCAGCUCCCCGCGGGACACCCGAGCCCUGCGGUGCCUGCAGAGCCCUGACCCACCUCCUGGGUAAAAUCUGCACCGUCACCAAGGAGAUCAAGGAUGGCAAAGUCAUCUCUUCUUACGAGCACGUGCAGCCUUGCUUCAUCAUCAGAGCUGCCCAAGCCUAACCCCCCAGGGUGACAGAAACGGCCCUCACUCAUGAAAUAGGCCGACGCUUGUUCCUGCCAAAAAGGCUUAAGGGUUCCCCAGCCCCUGCAGGUACUUAGUUUCUUUCUACUACGGUGAGUAGCCAUCGACAGAAUAGCUUUCAUUCUGCUCCUUCCCCAAGUCUCCGCUGCCAGGCUGACGCCAACCGACGUCCUCUGGAAGCACAGCUCACACUCGCCUGAGGAGCGAGCACUGAGCUGUUAGUGCCCAAGAAGCUGACCUACAUUGCUGCCCACAAGUGGUGGGCAGGUCUCCCUUCUGUUUGCUCAGGUCGUACCGACUGGCGUUCCUCACCGGAGCCAGUCAGACGAGUUCUGAGGUUGCUUUUGGCUGUGGCACAGGAAGGUGAAAAGCUACCACCUUCCCUCCUUAACUCCUUCUGUGGAUAUAGAAAGCAGCUUAUAUGGGAACAGCAUGAAGAGAGAAGAAGAUCUUUAUUUUAGUAUUUAGUUUGAGUAGAUUGUCCUGAAUCUGAAUCCUGGGGAACGCUGCUGUCUUAAUUAUUGUUUACCCAUACGUACAUAGUUUAUCGUUCACAAGAUAUUUUUAAAGAUAUCUGUGCUAUCCAAAACUUCGGGAACCAUAAGGCUCUCCAAAUACUUUCAUUGAAAAUCAGGAACAAUGGUGGGGAGUGAAUCUCCAGCAUGUUGAAGAAAUAGCAUGGGCCCUCUCAUGAAACGUGUGCUAUGCCUCCUUCUACCCUUUAGGGAAUGGGGUUUGGUUCUGAUUGUUUUACAAGGGACAGGUAGCUGGAACUCUCUAGACAUAACCCUGCUCCUCUAUCUCCCUGUGAUGAGUGACUGUGAAAAAUAACUUAGAUGCCUGCUUCAGUCUAUCUACUGGAGGUAAAUGGACUUAACAUUCACAAACUUCGCAAGAAACUAAUCAUGAAUAAUUGCUAUUUGCAAGCCCGAGGCAGUCCUGGAGCAAGAAGGCAUCAUUUACACCCAGCCGUGCUCAGAGCUUCUUACAGUAGGUCAUGGAUCAUGUACGUCAUUUCCUACACAAAUUGUUUGACAUUUCCAGAGGUUUUAGUAAAUAGUUCCACCAAAUGAAACACAGAAUGUGGGACCAAAAAAGCCUGAAGUCCUAAACUUCCCACUUCCUAACUGCAGCCCUAGACAAAACUCUUAGCCUUCCCCUAAUUUAAUUUCCUGGCUUGUUAAAUGUGAAGAUCAAACAAAAUGGUUUAGGUAAUGCUGCUUUGUAUUCUGAAAAGCACUACAUCAUUGUCAUUUUGAUAUAAGCUUUGUUUUUAGCCACAGACCUAGACCUAAGGUUGCCAUGAUGAUCUCAAGUUAAAAUUCUUUCUCCGUGAAUUUCGUUAUCCAGUCAUGAUUUGGGAGUUUUAAUAGUGUUUGUCUUUGGGGUGGGGGGGGGGGGGGCAAAGAACAGGUCAAGCUCCCACACUGCUACUCCAUAAAGCAUUUUUAAAGUCUUGGGAUACGUAUCAGGUAUCAGUUGCUGACUGACGCCCACAUCAAAGACAAAAGCAUGAAGUCACAGCUCAGCAAUCCACUUCCUGCAGACAAGUAGCAACUUAGACUGCGCAAGUGGAAUGCAGAACACCCAGAGCGAUCUCUUUUCCACCGGUAAUUUCUGUCUCCUCCGAACGCCCAGGCCUCCCCCGCCCCACCCCACCCCCGGAGCGCUUAACCGCAUACUCUCUCAGACUGUGGGAGGACAUGUGGAAAGAGCAUGGGGCUUGCACCCAGAAACCCGAGUCUCAACCCAGCCUGUGUGUGCGUGUGACCUUGAAGACAAGGGAUGCAACUCGAGCCCUGCCUCCUGCAUGGCUGGAAGGAUUAAAUGGGAUUGUGACGGUGCAGGGUUUUGUAAGCUGUAAAGUGGUCUGCAGAAGGGAGUUUAUUCCCCAGGUUAAAAGCCAGGCAGGUGUCACUUCCUCCCAGGCCAUCUCCCUUGGGGCUGGCUCAGGGUGGUCCCCGGUGGACCCCACACAUACCAUCAGUGCAGCCUGGGAAACCAGCGGCUGAGAGGUCGGAGCUGCUCAGUCUGCGCUGAGUUUUGAUUCCAACAAGAUUCAGGGCGUAGGAACCUCGCUGGACUCAGACUGACCUGUGGCGGAUGCAGCAAUGCCCUGUCAAUCUGUCCCAGAAAUAGGACAUCUUCCUCCCACUCGGCAAAGAAUCCCUCAUGCCUUCCAUGAUAAAAAUAAAUUACCGACUGCACAGUCAAGAGGGCGUUCGGACACCCGGGCGUCCAGAUUCUGUGAGUGCCCUCUCUAUACCAGGACAUGUGGAACCAUCUGCUGGACCUUAUAUCUGACUGGUCGGGCCUUUUAUUUAUUUAUUUUAUGUGUUUCCUGGUUUUAG